AUGUUACGUGACCAUGAAGUUUUCGGCGUGUCUGAUACUACCAAAAGAAAAGCCAAGCAACGCUCCAUGUGUAAAAUCCACAAAGACAAACAGAUCGAGUUGUUCUGUAAGGAUUGUAGGAUGGCCAUUUGUCAUACAUGCUGCAGUAUAAAACACAGGAAAUGUGACGAUGUUGAUACUUUAGAUAACAUGAUCCCUGUUAUCAGAGAACACCUGUCAAACCUGAAACUCAAAAUGACAACUUCAGAAAAGAGAAUUAUCUUCAAGAAAUCUCAACUUGAAAAAACAGUGUCUAAUGCGCAAAGUAUAAAAGAUGAAAUCAGACAAUUACGUCAGAAAGUGGUAGAAGUGAUUUUAAGGAAGGAGAAACAACUCCUUGUUAAAGUUGAUCGGUUUUCCAAUAAACAAUUACAGGAAUUACAAGCAGAAAUAAAAUCCCAGGAGAUUGAGCUGCAGAUGUACCAGCAACAGUAUCAGUUCACAGUAAAUGCUGUCACGUCCAACUGUGAGAUGGACAUGUAUGCCGUCUAUGAGUCUGUUGGUGAGGAGUCGACAGACAACAGAGACACGGACAACCGACCCGCACCAGGAAGGGUUGUAUUCACUCACGACAUGGACAAGCUGAGUAAAGCAGUGGAUGAGCUACAGCUAGGGGAGGUUGAAGUUGUCAGUGGUGUGAGUGACCACCAGUCUACCCCUGUUCUACAUCACACUAUUGACUGUAAGGCAGAUGAUGACAGUGGGGGUCCUGAUUUGUUUGACGUCACAGUAUUGACUGUUGAUGGUAUAAAAAUAACAGUAGUUGCAGACUACACUAACAACAGCAUCAAAACAUAUCUAACAUCAAAACAAAACACACUAAGUAAUCGUCUAUACGUUUCCAAUUGUCCUCGUCAAAUAGCAAAGCUAAAUGAGCGUCGGAUAGCUGUCAGUGUUCCGGUGAGUCAGGAAAUAGUUACAGUGGAUGUUACUCCAGAUCCUGUAUUGCUGUCAACUAUCAAAACAACUAAAAGCUACUUCGCUCUAGCCUGUCUGAGUCCUUCACUGCUGGUGGCAGGUACAUAAGAACAGUCUCACUCUGUGGACAUACUGAACAUGACAGGGAGGACACUGAAGUCUAUCAACACGGGUGUCAUAAAGAAUCCAAACUAUAUCCAUGUCACCAGUAAUAACAACUUGAUAGUCAGUGAAGCAUCAGUAAAAUCCCUCGUAUCUGUGACCAGUGAAGGAGAAGCUGUUUUCACCUACACUCC